AUGCUUAGUGCUAACAUCCCGUUAAAUAAAUUAAGUAAUACAUAUUUCAAACAAUUUUUGAUAAAAUAUACUGGACAAAAUAUUCCAGAUCAAACAACAUUACGCAAAGUUAAUGUUGACCAUUGUUACCAGGAAGUUUUAAACGAAAUAAGACAAAAAGUAGCGGGAAAGAAAAUUUGGGUCUCAAUAGAUGAGACAACAGAUGCCGAGGGCCGCUUUAUUGCUUCAGUUAUUAUCGGUACAUUACUCCUCGAUCGUCCAGGUGAAAUUUUUUUAUUUAACCUCGAACAAUUACAGAAAACAAAUCAUAGUACAAUAUGUUCCCUAUUUGAAAAUUCACUUUAUUUAUUAUGGCCUGACGGAAUAAGACGAAACGAUGUAUUGCUGUUUUUAAGUGAUGCUGCGCCUUAUAUGGUGAAGGCUGGUGAUACAUUAAAAGUGUUGUAUCCAAAAAUGGUUCACGUAACUUGUACUUCCCAUGGAUUACAUAGAGUCGCUGAACAAAUACGUAUUCAAUUUCCAAAAGUUGAUAAACUGGUAGCAAAUGUUAAACGAGUAUUCAAAAAGGCGCCUUAUCGUGUUCAAAAAUUUCAUACUGAUGCACCGAAUAUAUCACUACCUCCUGAACCUAUUCUGACACGUUGGGGUACGUGGAUUUCUGCCGUAUUAUAUUAUAGUGAAAACUUUCAAACUGUAAAAAACAUAAUUGAAAGUUUUGAUGAGAAUGAUGCGCUUUCCAUAAAAAAUGCUCAAAAAUAUUUUAAAAUUACUCAAAUGAAAGGAAACUUGACUUUUAUACAUUCGAAUUUUGCAUGUCUUCCCAUAGCUAUAACGCGUCUACAAAAACAAGGUAUACCCUUAUCUGAAGGUAUUGCAAUCAUACAAGAUAUUUCAUCAAAGUUUAGUCAAUUAACAGGUACCGCUGGAAUUGAUAUUAAUAAAAAAUUACAAACAGUUCUCAACAAAAACAAAGGAUUUCAAAUUGUUUGUAAUAUUUCAAAAAUAUUAACUGGCGAAGAAGAGAAUGUAGGUGAUUUGGAUAUACCAGAAGAUUUAACCAGUAGCGACAUGGCGUAUUUUAAGUUUGCACCAAUAACAUCCGCAGAUGUAGAACGNUUAAAUUUAUAUUUAUAUUUAUAUUUAUUUUUUUUAUAUAGAUGCCGUAAAUGACGAUGAUGAAGAUCGCAAUUAA